GAGUAAUUACAAUUUCAAAACGCAUACACUUUUUCAAUAGACGACACUAUAACAUUUAAAGCUUGAAUUUCAUUUUUGAUUUAAGUCGAGCGCGCUUAUUGUUAUAGGUUUACGGAUUAUUUCAAAUCUAAUUGGUUAAAACCAUAAGUGUUUGUGGUUUCCAUUCUGUCCAAAAUAUAGUUCUUCAUGGAAAACGUUAAUGAGGAAAUGUGAGAUAUAUUACUGUAUUGUUUCAUGCACUGAAGUUUGUAAAAAUGGCGUUAGCUUUAAUUUAUAUUUUGCCGAUGUUAUUUGUGUUUGUUUUUAUACCUAAAUCGGAAGGAUCGGCAGUGCCGAUUGAAACUGAAGGUGUUAAAAGUACAGUUGCAGAGACUGUAGAAGUAAGUAACGAUGGAAUAGGACAAGAAGGUCAUUCGGAAAAUGUCAAAAGAAGACAUGGGCAUAAUCACAGAAAAUCGGAAACAAAUGUUGAAACUAUUUCUAAUGAAAAAUCUAAAACCGUGGAUGAAAUGACCGAUGAUCAAGAAAUUCCCGAUGAUACUCAAGAAGAAACUGAUAAUAAUGAUGGUGCACAGGAUGGCGAUGUUAAAGACAUAUCCGAUGGAGCUCAAGAAAGUAUUAAUGAUAAUGUAGGUGGUGAUAUUAACGAAGAAAUUACCGAUGAUGCUCAAGAAAUUACUAAUGAUAAUGAAGAUGGUGAGAGAAUGGAAAUCGACGAUGAUGAUGAUGCAAUAAGUGAUAAUGAUGAUGCUGACGAAACGGAUAUUAAAGAAUCUAGCUUGCAUUCAGAAAGCGAUCAACACACUGACACAACCAAAAGUGGAUCGCAGAAACCUGAAACGCCAUGCCCUAAGUGCACUAACAAAGUUCUCACUGAGAAGGACAUAAAAAUUGAAAUGGUUAAACAACAUCUAUUACAAAAACUUGGACUGCCGUCUGCUCCCAAGGUCGAUGGUCCCCUUCCUCCUCUGCCUUUUGAUUUCUACGUCGGAGAGGAUUUCUCCCUGAAUGACCAGGAGGAAAUAGAGGAAGAAGAGAAGCGAAGAAACGUAAAAACCAGGGAGCUUUUCAUAUUUGGGGAAGACAUAACCAACAAAUGUGCGAAGAAAAAGGGCACAGGAUGCUAUAGUUUUAACACAACCAGUUCAGCCAUUGACCCGGAUUUGGUGUCGAGUAUCGAACUGUGGAUAUACAAACAACCGGAUGUAAACGACCAUCACAUACAGGAAUUCAUGGUGUCAGAACUGGAGCCGUACAUAAAGGGCGGAAAAGAAGUCUUACGUUUCCGUAACAUUGUGAAGCGGAUUGAUACACGGUUAAAGUACGGUUGGAUGAAAAUCUAUGUCAGGAGAAGCGUGAUCAGGUGGCUUUCCAAGCCUCACCGUAACCAUGGUCUCGCUGUCGUCUGCAAAACAUGUCAGCGACAGAAUCAUAAAACUAUAUAUGGAAACAAAGAAGGAUAUAUGCCAAUUCUAGUAUUUUACAUGAAACAACAUUCCCGCUCUCACAGACGUUACAGACGACAUACAGAAUGUAUAGAAGGCGGCAUGAAUUGUUGUCACAAAGAAACGCUUGAGAUAAACUUUCACGAUAUUGGCUGGGACUAUAUCAUGACGCCAGAUACGAUUCGUCCAAAUUUCUGUACUGGAUCGUGCAAUGGCAUUCGGGCCGCUUACUACAACCAUACACGUCUCGUGCAGACAUUACAACAGAGCGUGACCCACAAUUUUGCUGGGAUCCAGACAUGUUGCUCCCCCGUGUCGUUCGCACGACCCCAGAGCUUGCUUUACAGGGACCAUUACGGUGUUGUAAGGAAAGUUGAUGUACCAGACCUAAUCGUGGGAGAGUGCGGCUGUACUUGAUAUGAACGUGUGUUCAUUUCAGUUUGAGUGCAAAACUAAAUUUUUAUACAUUGUUGUUUUAUAAUUACAUUUUUAUACAUUGUGGUUUUAUCUAUUAUGUGCGUUUUGAAGAGAAGUAAGUAACGUUUGUUUAAAUGUAAAUUUAAGAAACAAAAUAGAUUGAAAAUAGACUUUGAUUGUAAACUUAAUUAAGUUUAUUAUUAUCCAAUUAAUGAUUUAACAAAUUCAGUGCAUAAAACGCUAGAUUUGUGUGCAUACAUUUAAAAGUUGUGUUCAUUUGUACGCGUCUUUGUUCAAAGAAAUUAAUCAUUAUUUUAUAUACGACUUUAUUAUGUUUUGUUCAUACAACGACUUGAUACAUUUAUGCUGUUUUUCUUUCUUUAGUUUUAUAUUGUAUGCGUUAAGAUGUUGCUUUUAAAUUCUCUACAUAUUGUAUGAUAGCUCUACAUGUAUAUAAAUAUUAUUUUAUGUUCACAUGUCACAUGCAUGGACUUUUAUUGUCGUGACGAAUUCUUGCUUCAUGUUCAUUAUUUUGUUAGUUUGAUCGAUUGUUCAUAUGUUCGUUGUUUGAUUGGAUUAUUCAAAAAGUGGUAGUGUAUGGUGUACCAUUCGGGCCGAAAGUCUACUUUGACGCAUGCUUUUAUUUCAAAAUGUGCGUUCACUUGUAAAAUCAUACGUGCACGCAUAAGCAGAAGAUGUUCUUACACGAUUUAAUGCGAGCACGAGAAAAUGUUUUCAAAAAUGUUUUCAAAAUGUUCAAACAUGCAUGCGUUUAAACAGAGUGACGUGCAUUUUAUGAGGUAGUAUCCGUUAUAUAUGCGCACGUUUUACGUAUAGAUGCGUAUUUUCAUGCGUGCACCCUUAAAAUGUGAAUCCACACACACACACACACACACGCAUAUAUAUAUAUAUACACGUGCACGAACAACUUUAUGAAUGUGUGUAAUUUUUUAAAGAAAAAAAAUACCUGCGAACAGUGAAUUUGUUAACUUGUGCAAAUUGUACAUCAUAGUUGUAAUUAGUUAGUUUAAAAACCUUGGUACAUACAAUAGUAUGGAACCAGAAAUCAAUGCAAAACGAAGAAAUCUCCAUAAAUGGCAGUUAUCAAUGCAAAUUGUAAUAACAUUUUUGCCUUUAUUUGUUUAUUUGUUUAUUUAGCCAUUAGAUUGUAGAAGAAAUAAAUAAAGGGACAAAACCCUG